ACGCUAGGUGGCAGUAUGUAUGUAGAAUUAACUGCACUCCGUUCACGAAGAAGUAACUGGUGCGUGUGUUGUGCGUGUGCUGUGCGGUAGGAGUUAAAUGAGUUUGUUUUUGUAACCGGGUUGAUAAAAGUGCGGGAGUUUUGGCAGAAUCCAGAGUAACUGCAGCUAUGUACCACAACAGCUCCCAGAAGAAAUUUUGGACUUUCAGUAAAGAGACCAACUUGGAAAAGUUAAGAAUCGAGGCUAAUCAGAAGUUUUGUGCAAAAGCCCUAAGUCUCCGAAAGCCUGGAAUAAGUGAAUCCAUAUUUCUUGAUCCCUCUGAAGAGAAAGUGCUCUUUAGACACUAUGAGAAGAGAUUGCUUGACUUCUGCACAGUUUUCAAACCUGCGAUGCCCAAAUCUGUGGUGGGCACGGCUUGUAUGUAUUUCCGAAGAUUUUAUUUAAACAACUCAUUAAUGGAGUACCACCCAAGAACAAUAAUGUUGACGUGUGCGUACUUGUCCUGUAAAGUGGACGAGUUUAAUGUUUCCAGCACUCAGUUUGUGGGGAAUCUUCAGGAGAAUCCAGCAGCUCAGGAGAGAGCUCUGGAGCAGAUCCUGGAGUAUGAGCUGCUUCUCAUCCAGCAGCUGAACUUCCACCUGGUGAUCCACAACCCGUAUCGGCCACUUGAAGGCUUUCUCAUAGACCUGAAAACAAGAUAUCCGCUAUUGGAGAAUCCAGAGAUGUUGAGAAAAAACGCAGAGGAUUUUCUUAAUAGAGCAGCCAUGACAGACACAGGCCUUUUGUUCUCUCCAUCCCAGAUCGCCCUCACUUCCGUCUUCAACAGCGCAGCUCGAGCAGGCCUCAACAUGGAGCCGUAUCUUAUCGAGUGCAUGGGUCUAAAAGAAAAGGAGACCCUUUCAAAGAUGUAUGACGCAAUGAGGCGAAUCGCUAAUCUCGCUAAGGAAUACGAGCUUCCCAAAGCCGAAGAAGUGGCCGUUUGCAAACAGAAACUGGAAAGGAUUCACGCAGAGUUUAACAGCAACACAAACCUAAAAAGGAAGCAUGGCUAUGAAGAUGACGACCACGUCGUGAAAAAGCCUCUUGUUACUGAAGAGGAGUGGACUGACGAAGACCUGGAUAUUUUGUAACAUCGUUAGUUCAUCUUGUUUUAUGAAUACAUGUUGCUUCAAUGUACAGAUUCAUUUAGCUGCCUAGUCGAGGUGAAACCAGUGCUUUCUGUUUUGGCCACAGUCUAUUACUUUAUGCUAUUUUGUAAAUACAUAGGCAAUAUUUGCCUGCUGUAGUUAUGUUUAAUUCACUGAAAAUAAACAUUUUGUACGUA